AUGAAAGACCUCGUCCUUAGUCAAUUUCUCAAUCCGAAGUACAGCGAUUUGUCCAUUAGUUGUGGCGAUGAAGUCUUUCCAGCCCAUCGGAACAUCCUCUGUCCUCAAUCAAAGUAUUUUGAGGUCGCUUGUAGUAGUCGCUUUAAGGAAAGCAACGGCGAGAUCAUCCUUGAGAAUUGCAAUCCUGUGCUCAUCAAAAAGACACUUAAAUUCUUGUACACGGGCGACUAUACUUAUGACGAUGCAGACACUGAACAAUACCCAAACCCAUCACGAAAAACCACUACUACAAAUUUUCAAUAUUGUCAGGCCUUCUUCCACGCUCAAAUGUACGCACAAGGUGAUUAUUUUCAGAUCAACGAGCUUAAGAAGAAAGCUAAGGACUACUUUAUGAAAUCUUUCUUGGAACAUCCUGACCGAGAUACAUUCAGCUCCUCCAUCAUUGAAGUUACCAGCUCAACAGGGGAGCACGACCGUGGACUCAGAGAUCUUGUUGUCCAGCUCACGACGGAUAACCUCAAGAUUGUGAGGGAUGGGGAUAAUCCUAUACUCUGUGACGGACUUUUAGAAUCUGUUCCCAAAUUCAUGCUGGAGGUCUGGUUUUCGACCUUGGACAAGUGUGCUAAAUAUCAGAGGCAGCAGUAUGGAUACUACUAG